AUGGCUCUUUGCAUUGCACACCCGGAAGCAGAGAUCGAAACAUACUUCAACACGAUCUUUGUGUUCCAAGUGGAGAACGAUAAAUUCUUUGCAUUUUCAUGUUUUGGGAUUCUGCUAUUGGUGUGGAAUCAGCACUCCCAGCAACCCAUUUUGAAACUGACAGAGCAUACAGCUGCUGUGAAGGCCAUUGCUUGGUCGCCUCACCAAAAUGGCCUUCUUGCUUCCGGAGGAACUGCUGAUCAGUGCAUUUGCUUUUGGAACACAACUAGCGGCAAUCAAAUAAAUGGCGUGGAUACCAAAAGCCAGGUAUGCAAUCUAGCGUGGAGUAAAAAUGUAAAUGAGCUGGUCAACAGUCAUGGAUAUUCCCAGAAUCAAAUUAUGGUGUGGAACUAUCCAUCAAUGGCAAAGGUGGCAACUCUGACUCUACCUUGCAUAUCUCCUGAUGGGCAGACAAUAGUGACCGACUGA